AGUUUCACACUGAAAGAGAGCACCAUCGCUGCAUUUCCACUGCUUGAUCACAGCCUUCGGUGCUUCAGGACGCGCCUCCUUCUAUCCAUAUACCCUCUUCAGUUCCUCUCGGCUCUUUCAUACACUCGCUAUCUUCACUUCUAGAUUAGGGCGUAGCCCCACAUUCCUUCAACAGCUCGCCCGAGGACUCAAGACAAUACCAAAAAUGGCCCUAGAACCACUCUUGAGUACUCGUGCGCAGCGCGCUUUUGUGGCUACCCUGGUUCUACAGGGUCUUGUUGUACUGGCAAUGGUAGCUGUCGUAUUCGCCUUUGUUGCGGAGCACGUCGAGUUUACUGGCCAAUACAAAACGAUACCAUGUUACCUCGCAUUGUUUGCACUCGCCGAGAUCUUCGAAAUCCUUAUGGCAUUCGACGCACUUCGGUUACGCAAUAUAAUUCAGCUAAUCGGAAUAUUCAUUUUCCAUGGAGCUAUGAUAGUCUUUUCAGCACUUCAAGUCCACGAGACUAAGGCAGCUUUGAUCGUGCCAGGCGGAACAGAUUACUUUAAUCGUGGCGGACCCGACUCAUUGUGGAACAAAGUUCUACCAUUCUUGAUCGUCGUGCCAUGCGUCAUUGCAGCUUCUUGGGUCAUCAUGGCAUGGUGGAUAAGGAAAUUGUACUUUGAAUUCGGAUGGGCUAUCUUCCACGUCGUUGGUGCAAACCCAGCAUUCAAGACAAUGUUCCAGUACUAUCAGAUCAUGAUCUGUCUCCUCAAGUUCGACUUCUUCUGCUUCACAGGCGUCACCAUUCAACUCCUCAUUCUGGUACUCCAGACAAGUUCUGCAGAAUUCGGGCUCACAGUCGCGGCUAUUCCCAUUGUUUUGGUUCUGCUAGCAUUUUGUGGAUGGGCUGUCAAGCGUGAAGUCAAGUGGCUGAUGACCAUCUCGCUGGCGCUGAUGUUGGCUGCGGAAUCAUACUUCAUCUACAAGCUUGUCAGAUUCUAUGAGCCUGCAUCAAGAGAAGAAUACGCGACAACACGAGCAACGCUCACCGUAUUCACAAUCGUCGCAUUCCUCCUGCUGUUUGCAACAUUCGCCGUCGGUCUCCGUUGUUUCGCAGACUUUGACAAGGGACUACUGAGCUCAAAGCUGCACGGUCAGUCAUACCGACCCGUUGCCACCCAUGGCGGCGACGGCAAGACAGAUUUAUUCGGUGAUUCUUCCUUUCUUACACACCAUCCCCUUCUCUUAGCCGUCACCGGACCAAAAACGUACUCACAAUCCCCGCUCCCCUCACCAGGGGAACAAUCAACAAUGCGACAAUCAUCAUACCUAGGUGGAGGUCAACUCGGACCGCGUAUAUCCAUAGAAUGAUGUGUCUAUCUCCCCUCGAUAUCCCCCGCUCGUCGUUCUUUUUCCGUCCCGCCUCUCGCCCCCCAAUGCUACAAGAUUACGCUCAACUCACGAUCUCGCUUUCAACUCUUUUGUUUCACGACCUCUUGCGCAUGGGUGUGGGUAGUUGCGCAGGUUUAUGGAGUUCUUGCUUUUGGGUGGUUGAGGUUGGGGCCGGGGCCCCCCGCCGUUGCUGUGUUUACUGCUAAUUUAUAUUUGCAUUGUUCUGUACUACGAGUUUAUCCAUACGGACUUCAUGACGAUAUCUAUUCCCAGGAUCCGCGAAACAUGCCUGACCCUAAGGAACUGAAUCUAAAUCCAUUUCUUGCGAAC